AUGCGAAAGUUGGAAUGGGACGAAAUGGGAGUGAAGGUCGACGGUCGGCAGCUACACCAUUUGCGCUUUGCUGAUGACAUCGUACUGAUAACACCUAGCAUCGGCCAAGCGGAACGAAUGCUGACCGAAUUCGACGAAACAUGUGGAUGCAUCGGUCUUCAGCUGAAUCUACAAAAGACGAUGUUCAUGCGGAACGGAUGGGUCUCGGAUGCCACAUUCACGCUCAACGGAACGAACAUAUCCGAAUGCACCAGCUACGUUUAUCUGGGUCGGGAACUGAACAUGAUGAACGACCUGACCCCCGAGCUGGGCAGAAGGAGACGAGCGGCUUGGGGAGCGUACAAGAGCAUCGAGGAUGUAGUGAAGAAGACCAGGAACACCCGGCUCCGUGCUUACCUCUUCAACACCACCGUACUUCCUGCUUUGACCUAUGCUUCGGAAACCUGGGCAUUUCGCAAGCAGGAAGAAAACGCGGUGAGCGUCAUUGAACGCGCAAUUGAGAGAGUGAUGCUAGGAGUAUCCCGUUUCACGCAAGUGAGGGACGGGAUUCGAAGUUCUCUCCUACGUCAGCGAUCGAAGAUUAGAGACGAUGCCGCGUUUGCCAAGGAAAGUAAAAUAAGGUGGGCCGGACACGUGAUGCGCUUUGAUGACAACCGUUGGACCAGAGCCGUGAGCGACUGGGUUCCCCGCGAUAUUAAGCGCACUACAGGAAGACCGUCGACCCGAUGGUCAGAUUUCUUCACGAAGUCCUUUAAAGAAAAGUAUGGUGCUCUUCGUGUCCCACGCGAAAGGAGGAACCACUGGGCUACUCUGGCACGCGAUCGGGACAAAUGGAAGAAUUACUGGCGCCCGCUCGACCAGUUCGAAGAUCAACGGGAGUCGAGGUGA